AUGGAGUGCUUCGCCGGCUUCGUUCCGUUCUGGAUUAGACAAUGGAUAGCUCCAAGCUCAAGGAACAUCCAAAAGCAGGAGUCCAUAUUUUUCUUGGACGCGGAAAGGGCUAUGGGAGUAGAUGACCUGGUGGUAACGUUCCGGCGCAACUUCGUCCUCGACCGCUACCCUUGGAGCGAGUACAAAUCAAUUGGGUCAGAAGCGACAUCUGCAGUAGUCGAGGCUGGAUGGAGCUGCAGUGAAUUGGAUCGGAUAGCAGCAUUUCUUCACGUAGGAAUAUUCGACAAACGAAAAUUGGAUCGACUUCGACAGCAAGCAAGAAACAACCGGCGCCGCAUUUCCUCCGGUAAACCUGCCGGUUACCCCAGCGUUCUUGAAUGA